AUGUCAGCAUCUACUGAAUUUUUCUGUCGUAUACCCAAAACGAUAGAACUUUUUCAAGAUUUUGAAGAAAUUACUCCAAUUAAAUCAUUAGGAGAAUGUAGAUCAGCUUUAUAUUCAUUAAAUGGUUCAUAUUUUGCAUAUACUCAACCAGAUGAAGUUAUAAUAUUAGAUACCACAAAUAAAGCUCAAUUAUAUUAUAAAAUAGAAAUAUCUGAAAUUUUUGAUUUAAAUUUUUCACCAAAGGGAACAUAUUUAUGUCUUUGGGGAAAACCAAUCUUAUUAAAUAAAGAAAAUGGUAAAUGGAAUAAUAAUGUUAAAAUUUUUAAUUUAAAAACAAAAACAAUAAUUGCAGAAUGGAGUUCAAAAAAUCAAAAUGGUUGGAAACCUCAAUUUACAAGUGAAGAAACUUUAAUUUGUAAAAAUUUUAAUAAUGAAAUUCAAUUUUAUGAAAUAAAUUCUGAUAUAACUACAUUAAAUUUAAAUCAACCAAAUAAAAAAUUUAAAUUAGAUGAUAAUAAAACCAUAUUUAAAUUAAGUCCUGGAAAAAAUCCUUCAAUUGCUAUUUUUAUACCUGAAAAAUCAUCACAACCAGCUUCUAUAUCAAUAUAUGAAUUAAAUAAUUUUAAAAAUCCAAUAUGUUUUAAAAAAUUUUUUAAAGCUGAAAAAUGUGAAAUUAAAUGGAAUUCUUUAGGUACUGCAUUAUUAGCAUUAGCAUCAACUGAUCAUGAUACAACAAAUAAAAGUUAUUAUGGAGAAUCAAAUUUAUAUUUAUUAGGUAUUGCUGGUGCUUAUAAUUCAAGAAUUGAAUUAACUAAAGAAGGUCCAAUACAUGAUAUAACUUGGUCUCCAAGUGCAAGAGAAUUUGCUGUAAGUUAUGGUUAUAUGCCAUCUGAAACUACAUUUUUUGAUGCAAGAGGUAAUUCAAUACAUUCAUUACCAACAAAUUCAAGAAAUACUAUAUUAUAUUCACCUCAUGCAAAAUUUGUAUUAGUUGCAGGAUUUGGUAAUUUACAGGGUACUGUUGAUGUUUAUGAUCGUCAAAAUAAAUUUUCGAAAGUUGUAAGUUUUGAAGCUUCAAAUACUUCUGUUUGUGAAUGGUCUCCUUGUGGUAGAUUUAUAUUAACUGCUACUACUUCACCAAGAUUAAGAGUCGAUAAUGGACUAAAAAUUUGGCAUGCAAGUGGUAAAUUAAUUUAUUUAAAAGAAUUUACUGAAUUAUAUUCAAUUAGUUGGAAACCUCAAGAUUUGAGUAAGUUUCCACCUCUUAAAAAUUUAGAACCGGCACCAGAAGCUCAUUCAUCAGCAAAAGAAUAUUUAGCAAAACGAGAAGCAUUGGCAAAUUCAGCCUCCAAAAAACCAGCAGGUGCUUAUCGUCCACCACAUGCAAGAGGUAAUAAUAAUAACACAACCACAACAUUAUAUCAAAAAGAAAUGGAAUCAAAUUUGAAAAAUGGAAAUACUUCAACUCCACCACCACCAGGACUUUCAAAAUUACCACGUCAAAAAGUAAUAGUUGGAGCAGCUCCAGUAGUUGAAAAAGAAAGUAAAGCAGCUGCAAAAAAUAGAAAAAAAAGAGAAGCCAAAAAGAAAGAUCAAUCACCAGCUCCACAAUCUUCAACUCUGGUAUCUACUUCAAAAGAAGAAGAAACAGGUGGUUCAGUUUUAGGAGGAAUUCAAUCAUUAGAAGAAAAAAAAAUUAGACUGUUAUUAAAAAAAUUAAGAGCAAUUGAACAAUUAAAAAUGAAACAAGCAAGUGGUGAAAUUUUAGAAGAUACUCAAGUUAUUAAAAUUCAAAAAGAAGAUGAAAUUAGAAAUGAAUUAUUAAGUUUAGGAUGGGAUGAGUGA